GAAGACUGAAUGAAUAUUAUUUCGUGUAGAUGAGUUUGGUCCCGUGUUGAAUAAGCCAAUAUUAGGAAAACUAAGGAUCCGGCGGAGUGUGUGAAUCCUUUCGAUCCAGCAAUUUGACCAGGCAUUGGACCAUGAAAUUGAGCUGGAUUUCGGGAUAAAAAAACGGCACCCUCUUUUCGGCACAUCACAACGCGGUUGCAUUUUGACCUCGCCGCCACUCAUGCACCGCUCUUGUGCAGCGUUUAAUAAAUUAAAUUACGAAACUACACCCUCGCUAGCUCAACUGACCGCGCAUGAGUGGACUGCAAACAAACGGAGGAAAAUCUCUUGAACUCGCUGUCGGCAUCAUUAUCAGAAAGCACGCAAACAAAAUAGCAGAAAUAAUUUGCCGAAAUAAUGAGAUUAAGUAUGCCACUCCAGGGGUGGUUUUCAGCAUAACUCACCCUUCCCCUCACUCGCACCUCACUCGUGGUCGAUCUUCCAGGGGUGGGAUUUUUCCGCGAUGUCUGGAUGUAUGCAGCAGUGAACGUUCAUCUCAACCGUCCACGGCAGUGAAUUAAUGCCCCAGCAAACGCCACCACCACCGCAAACGCAGCACUAUAAUUAAUGUCGAACCGGAACGCGCCAUAGAAUGUGAAAUAUUCGGCUCGUUUUCCGCUCGGGAUUCGGUGGUGGAAGGGGCCCCGGAAGAGUGCACAGCUGCCGAAAUGAAAAAUUCAACGCAAUCAAUAAUUAAUUAUCGGCUCCGGGUGGCGAUGGUACCCCACGGAGCGCCGGCGAUAUACAAAUCCAAAACGGCCACGCUUCCCCAGAACCGGGCUGAGCUGCCGAUGGCUCGAGCUAGAGCGGACCAUUUCCGGUACGAGUGAAAAUUUGAUUGCGUAUUAAAUCCGGUGACGGGAAGAGCAGUAAUUACCCUUUUACGUAAUCGGGCCCACGAGAGGACAGAAACAAACGGACGUACACGCUGGGUAAAACUGCGGUACUUGGUUGAAUUUCGUUUUUCGGGCGGUUCGGUUUUUGUGCCGUCUCUGGAUGGAUCGCACCCUAGCGAGCGUAACGGUUAAUGAGGAUCUGUUUCUCCAGUGCGUGGGCGAGAGAAAAUUGGCGCGAAAAUUGUGACGUUGAAAUGUGGAAGUGGUUUAUUGAAUUAAUGAGUUCCAUAGAUGCACGAAUUGGUGCAUGACUAACACAAAUGAGUGAGGAUAUCAGAGCUGAUCCCGGAAAAAUAGCCAUCGCUACAAUCCAUCCUUUCAGCAGGCUGCGUUCCCAUCGGGACCGGAGAUACGAUGCAAAUUGAAUUAAAAUGUGCCGAGAUGUUCGCUGUGCAGCAACAAUGGUGUAGUGCAUAAUGGUAACAACUGCGUCGAGGAAAAAAAACCGUGAAAACAGCAACUCAACUCGAAUUUCCCGCAACCUCCAUGCUCACACUCCGCUGUUUACGGAUGGGUUGAUGUCCAGUGUUUGAGUGAUAAUUCGCUUGAGAGGAAAAAAAUCGAUGAAAAUCGUGCUACCAACCGAGGUCAGGUGCGAAUGAGUCACGUGGGCUGUGCAUCCCGUGCAGCAACAGUGGGUGAUUCGUUUAUCCAAGCCAAACAAUCACUGGUAAACAAACAAGAAGCGCCAGGGAAAAAAUAACAGCAGAACACGACGCCGCGGCAGAAGAAGAAGAAGAAGCAGUACAGUGUGGUGUUUUUCUGCCCGUCGGUCUCCGCGAUGGUGACGGUGAACGACUCGACGGUCCCCGGUUGGGACUCGCCUGACUAUUUUCGGUUAUUUAGCGAGGGCUUGCCCGCCUUCAACGAGACCAACCGGUCGGGACGGUCCUCCGCGUAUGGCCAAUUGCCGCGGCAUCGCAAUGGGUCCAAUGGUGGUGGGGGUGCGAUCGGUAGUGCUUCUGGUACCAACAACAGUAGCAGUGCCAGUGCGGUUGCCAGCGGAACCUACCAAGUGUCCUACUACGGGGACCGGAAUGAAACGAGACUCGGCGGCGCAGCGGUGGGAUCGGGCGGUGAACGGCAACCGGGGGGCAGCAAUUUUAUGCUACUGCUGGAGGAUUUUGGUGAAUAUUUUUACAACUAUAAUGGAACUGGACCACCGAACGAUACGCUCGGGCUCGGCGGCACCAGCACCGGAUUCCCCAUCAACUGUACCAUCACCAACUCGACCUGCAACGUGCCAAGUGAAGACCACUACAACUACUGGGGCCUGAUCCUGGUGCUGUUUCCGAUCCUGACGCUGUUCGGCAACGUCCUGGUGAUACUGGCCGUGUGCCGGGAGCGGACUUUGCAAACGGUGACCAACUAUUUCAUAGUGUCACUCGCGUUGGCCGACCUGCUGGUGGCGGUGGUGGUGAUGCCGUUUGCCGUCUAUGUCCUGGUUAAUGGCGCGUGGACGUUGCCAAAUUUCGUUUGUGAUUUCUACAUAGCAAUGGAUGUGAUAUGCUCAACGUCGUCUAUAUUUAAUCUAGUGGCAAUAUCAAUAGACAGAUACAUCGCCGUGACGCAACCCAUCAAGUACGCGAAGCACAAAAACAGCCGCCGGGUGUGCCUGACGAUCCUGCUGGUGUGGGCCAUCUCGGCUGCGAUCGGGUCGCCGAUCGUGUUAGGACUAAACAAUACGCCCGAUCGGGUGCCCGAUCUGUGCGUUUUCUACAAUAGUGAUUUUAUAGUGUACUCGUCGCUAAGUAGUUUUUAUAUACCGUGUAUCAUAAUGGUGUUUUUAUACUGGAAUAUUUUUAAGGCCCUACGAACGCGAGCGAAAAAGCAACGAGCAGCUCGCAAGCCCCACAUAUCGGAGAUCACCGCCGGCGGUAGUCUGAUAGAGAACAUUGCUCAAACCAAGAUUGCCACGGAGACGCAGCUGGAUGGCAGUACGAAGAGUGCCGGUUCCUGUAAGGUCCUGCCAGAUGAGGCGCCCACCAACACGGCGUCCGGUUCCAACGAGGAGGACGACGACAAUGCGGGGUCCCCUGACAUUGAUGACUGUCAUGUGAUUGUGAACGAUAAAUCAACAGAAUUUAUGUUGGCCACGGUCGUGGAAGAAGCUGGAAACGUGAUGGCCCAGAUAGCGACAACGCAGAUUCCCUCCGAUCCGAACGGCAACCACGACUCGGGCUACGCGCCCUCCAGCAUAGGAGACGUGCUGGCGGCGAACGCGACCCCACCCGGCAGCCCGAACGUGGCCGCCACCGUAAUUGUAAAUAGAAACGCUACGCUUAACAGUAGGAACGGUUCGCCGCGGAAGGAAGCCAGCAGCGUGACGCUGAAACCGCUGUCGUUAGUGCGGUGCGGUGUGCAGCAGGCCUUAGCGCUCAAUCGGAACGACUCCACGCUAUCAACGAACUCCAACUCGAGGGACAGCACCCGGAAGGACAAGAAGAGCAUCCAGCAGCCUUCCAGGUUUACGAUCUACAAGGUUAACAAGGCGUCUAAAAAGAAGCGGGAAAAGUCAUCGGCCAAGAAGGAACGGAAGGCCACCAAAACGUUGGCCAUAGUUUUGGGCGUAUUCCUUAUUUGCUGGGUGCCGUUCUUCACCUGCAACAUCAUGGACGCGAUGUGCACCAAGCUGGACAUGACCUGCCAGCCGGGCGUGACGGCCUUCAUCCUGACGACCUGGCUCGGCUACAUGAACAGCUUCGUCAACCCGGUCAUCUACACCAUCUUCAACCCGGAGUUCCGGAAGGCGUUCAAAAAAAUCAUGAACAUCGAGUGAGUACGGCGCAUCGUGCCGGGCGGCGGCGGAGGCGGUAAAAGUAGGAAUGGGAUCGCUGGUGCGUGGAAGCGCCAUGCGGCGGGUGUGAGUGCGACUGAUGUGAGCGAUACGAAUGAGCUGUCGUCCGGUGGGAUGGAAACGAGGGGCAUCACCAGUGGGUCCGGCAUGGAGAUGGUGACGGUUGGAUGGCAAAAGGGAUGAGCGUCGUUGAUUAUUGUGAUACAUUGGGAACUGUGGACGAAUGGUUUAAGUUGAGAGUCGGUUUAGUUUGUUUUAAAGGUUUAAAAUUGAUGCCUCUUUUUUCAGUAGCACGUUCUUCUAUGCUAGACAUUGAUGCCAAAAUCUUAAAAAAAAAAGGUCUGGCGACUUGAGUGUGUGUUGGAUUUCAACUGUUUGAGUGAAGUUGAAGUUAUUUUUUUGUCCCCGCUCAUCAGAUACGCGUUGGUCAAAAUCAAAUUCGCACUAUUUUCGUGCUACUUUGAAUA